ACCUUUAUAAAACCGUAAAAUUAACUUCCGCAGUAAAAAUUUUCUUGCACUUAACAAUGUCUAAUAACACUGAACUUAUUAAUAAUUCAAAUGAGUGUAAUUGGAUAGAAGAAGCAAUUUCUAAAAAACUUAUUAAAUUUUAUGAAUUUAGCCAAUUUUAUAAUCUUCAAGAAAUUGGUUCUGGAGGCUUCGGAAAAGUUUAUCGUGCAGAUUGGAAGGAUUCUCAUAAAUGUUGUGCACUUAAAUAUUUUUAUAAUUUAAAUGAUGCUGCAAUUAAAGCAAUUGUUCGUGAGAUUCAACAUCAUCGUGAAGUUGACUUUUAUGAUAAUGUUAUCCGUUUUUAUGGCGUAACAACUUUCAAAAAUCAAAUCAAAGAAUAUUCGUUGGUAAUAGAGUAUGCUGACGGUGGAACACUUAGAGAUUAUUUAAAAGAAAAUUUCGAAAAUCUUACUUGGAAAGAUAAAUUUAGUCUUGCAUUUCAACUGGUUUGUGCAGUAUCAUGCUUACAUGGUGAAGGAAUCGUGCACCGUGAUUUGCACUCAAAUAAUAUAUUAGUUCAUCAGAAUACUGUUAAGUUGGCCGAUUUUGGACUUUCUAAAAGGAUUGAAGAAUCAUCCAGCCUUCAAUCAAAAGUAUUUGGAAUGAUUGCUUAUGUUGAUCCAAAAAUAUUCAAUAGAAAAAGAAAUAGUUACAAUAACCAGCAAAAAGUAUACUCAUUAAAUGAGAAGAGUGAUGUUUACAGUAUUGGUAUACUCUUAUGGGAAAUUUCUAGUGGGCGACCACCUUUUUGUAAUGAAUUGAACGAUCUCGGUUUGGCCAUGGAAAUUUUACAAGGUCUUAGAGAGACACCCAUUCCUGAUACACCUGAAGAAUAUAUAAAAAUUUAUACUGAUUGUUGGAAUACUGAACCUGAUAAUCGUCCAUUUAUCAACCAAGUGUUUGAUAAAUUAAAAGAAAUUAUAAAAAAAGAAAAUAUAAUUAUCAAAGACUUUCAUUUAUUUAAUGAUAAUAAAAUUACACAAUCAUCUAAUCAUCAGCAGCCAAUUUUAGAUGGUGAAAUUUCUAAAAAUAUUGAUUCAUUACCUGGAGAUUUGUCUCAAGUUAUUCAAAACUUCAAUACGAUGAAUACAAAAGAAAUAGAAUCUUCGAUGUCAUCAAGUAACCAAUUUGAGAUUAACUUUGAUACAAUAGUUAAUGAUAUGAUUAAUAUUAAUUUUGAUAAUAUUGAAAAUUUAAUAAUUUAUUAUUAAAUAAUCAAAAUGAUUCGAAUUCUCUUGCCUUACUU